CCUCUUUGUCCGGGCGUCGUCCCCGAGCGUCCUGUGGACGCGGAGGAGGCCAGCACUCAAGCCCCUGCUUUCCAGCAGAAAGGGCAGUUAUUCCCCCACGCCGUGACUUCGCAAAUGCUUUGGUUUAACCAGGGUGUAAAAAUAGAAAGGCUAGUGCGGCGGGGCUGGUUAAUAAACCACAGAUUUGUAACCUAAGUGUUCUAAUCUCUAAAGUAAACUGUAGUGAUAGGGUUAAAUUUUACUGUUUUGUUCACCCGAUUCAAGGGCAUACCCUCCUAUCGAUAUUCCCCCGUCCUAAAAUAAGAUCGUAUUUGAUCUAUAUCACAAAAUUUAAUACAUAAUUAUUUGUUGCCAUAUUUCACUUUUAAAAAUGUGUACUCCUGUAUAUUCUAAGCUUUUUGAGAACUGAUAUUGACCUUUUUUGCUGCUUUUGUAUCUGCACGAUAUCUGACAUGUUUUUGAGCACAUUGUAAACAUUUAACAAAUGCUUCUUGGUUAAUUCCUCAGUAGACUCAUUUAUUCACAAUCAAAAACCUUAGUAUCCUAAUACCCAGCUCACGACAGAGCCCAUAGUAAAUGCAUGGGUGUUUGUUGAGGAAAUUCAGUGAAUGCUAAAUUUGAUCAAAUGGCAAAUAUCCAAUGAUAUUUUAUUUAAAUCAACUCAUGCUUAAUAAGAAUUUUUUAAAUAUUUUAUUACUACCUUAAAUGAAAACAUUAUUUGCCAUAGAUACAAAGUAACUAAAAAUAAAUUUUUAAAAAUGAGCAUUAUUAAAUCUUAGCUAGAUAUUGUUACCCUUUGAAGUCUGAGGCUAUACUUUAUUAAAAAGGGAGUUCUGCAAGUUUUACAGACAUGUUAAAGACAGAUUUUUCUCCCUGAUGCAUCCAGGAUUGAAAGAGAAUUGAAAAGGAAAUUUCUCAGUAUGUGAUUCAUGUUAAUAUUGAAUUCUUUUCCUUCUAAAAUAAUUUCUUACAGCAUUAGUGGUAGGAAUUCUACAAAAUGGGAGACAGUGAAUAGGUGAGUAAUUUUUAGUUAGUUACAGUCUCAAACCUGCUCUCCCUUUCAGUAUGUUACUGGGAUGACUGAUCUUUAUUAUUAUAAAUUAUUAGAGAUUUUUUUUCACUGUUAAGUUAACAAUGCUUUCAUAUCCUUCAGGAAAGAAGAAGUUACUCAAAGAAACCCUGAAGUACAGUACCCAGUUGUAGUGAGCUUUUUGCUAAUCUGUUUCAGCCCAGAAUGGCUGUGGAAUCCAGAGCAGUUUCAACCCUGAUACCUCAGAAUCCUCAGGAACAAGAACUAAUAUUAGUGAAAGCAGAAGAAAGCCUUUCCUGGGGUCAGAAAUUUAAACAGAAUGGGAGUACCCGAUCCUGCCAAGAAUUGUUUCGGCAGCAAUUCAGGAAGUUUUGCUACCAGGAGACACCUGGGCCCCGGGAGGCUUUGGGCCGACUCCAGGAGCUUUGCUAUCAAUGGCUCAUGCCUGAGUUGCACACAAAGGAGCAGAUCCUGGAGCUGCUGGUGCUGGAGCAGUUCCUGAGCAUCCUGCCUGAGGAGCUGCAGAUCUGGGUUCAGCAACAUAGUCCAAGAAGCGGCGAGGAAGCUGUGACUCUUUUGGAGGAUUUGGAGAGGGAAUUUGAUGAUCCAGGGCAGCAGGUCCCAUCUAGUCCACAGGGACCAGCAGUGCCAUGGAAGGAUUUGACAUGUCUUGGAGCAUCCCAAGAGUUAACAAACAUCCAACUCCAGCCUUUAAAGACACAACUGAAACCCUGCGAGCCUUGCCUUUACCCCAAAAGUGAUUCUGAGAACAAUGAAUCAGUGACGAAGGACAGCUCGGGAGAAAAAUCACAAGGACUUCCCCAGGAACCUUUUGGAGCAGUUAGUGAACACGAAAGCAGUUUAAAGUGGCAGCAAGGAAGUGCUGCAGGGGACAGAUUAAGAAGAUCCCCUUCCCAAGAGGGCAGUUUUAGUCAAGUAAUCUUCACACAUAAAUCUCUAGGAAAGAGAGACCAUCAUGAUGAGUCUCAGAGAAGCUCAAUUCUAAGUACAAACUCUAUAAUGUAUCAGAAAGUUCCUACAGAAGAGAGACCUUAUAGAUGUGAUGUAUGUGGGCACAGCUUCAAACAACAUUCCUCUCUAACACAACAUCAGAGAAUCCAUACCGGAGAAAAGCCCUAUAAAUGUAACCAGUGUGGGAAGGCCUUUAGUUUGAGGUCAUAUCUUAUUAUUCAUCAGAGAAUUCAUAGUGGUGAGAAGGCAUAUGAAUGUAGUGAAUGUGGGAAAGCCUUCAAUCAGAGCUCAGCCCUCAUUAGACAUCGGAAGAUUCAUACUGGUGAGAAAGCUUGCAAAUGUAAUGAAUGUGGCAAAGCAUUCAGUCAAAGUUCAUAUCUCAUUAUACAUCAAAGAAUUCACACUGGUGAAAAACCCUAUGAGUGUAAUGAGUGUGGGAAAACCUUUAGCCAAAGCUCAAAGCUUAUUAGACACCAGCGAAUUCAUACAGGAGAGAGACCUUAUGAAUGUAACGAAUGUGGAAAAGCUUUCAGGCAGAGCUCAGAGCUGAUUACCCAUCAGAGAAUACAUAGCGGAGAGAAACCCUAUGAAUGUAAUGAGUGUGGAAAAGCCUUCAGUUUGAGCUCAAACCUCAUCAGACACCAGAGAAUUCAUAGUGGAGAGGAACCUUAUCAGUGUACUGAAUGUGGCAGAACCUUCAAAAGGAGCUCAGCCCUUGUUCAGCAUCAGAGAAUCCAUUCUGGAGAUGAAGCCUAUAUAUGUAAUGAAUGUGGAAAGGCUUUCAGGCAUAGAUCAGUCCUUAUGCGCCAUCAGAGAGUCCACGCUGUAAAGUGACUUGUGAAUACAAUGAAUAUUGUAAAUACUUCAGUCAGAUUUAUAUCUUUGUUAGUCAAAAGGGUUUACUUUGGAGCAAGACUCCAUAAAACUACUAGGUCUUGAGUCAGUCUAAGUUGCUUUGUGCAGCACUUCCCAAUGCUAAUGCCAAUUGUCCCUUGAAAGCUUUUCCUGUGACUAUUCAGAACAGCAGAUGGGAGAAUCAUUGCUUCCAGCUUUUCUCUUACCAUUAGGAAUACUCAGGAAAUAUGAAAAAUGGGACUGUAGCAUCAAAACCUCAUUUUCCAUAAGAAUGUCAUGAAGAAGGUCCAACAACCCAGGCUCUGUCACUGCGUCUUAUUGUCAGUGUGCCAAGUUUGUGGGAUGGUAUGGACAGUGUAGGGGACAUUUUGUCCCAGGAACUCAAAAAUUUUACUGACCAAUUAAGAACAGUGACAGGGCAGCAAGACAUGAUGAAACGGUUUUAUCAGUAAUUUCUUGAGCCCAGGGCAGGCCAGAAAUGAGGUAGAAAAAAGAAUACAAAUUAGUUUAUCCAAGUUAUUUUUUUGAGUACCUAGUGCCUGCUUUGUGCCAAGCACUAGGGAUACAAUGGAAAACAUAAUCUCUGCAGUUUAAUGGGCAAGGCAAACAGGCAGUGACACUGGAAUGAUCAGUGCUAUGUGACAUGGAGUACCUGACCCAACCUUGGAUUAGGGAAGGCUUCUGAGAAGAAUGAUCUGAAGGAUAAGUAGGAGUUAGCCAAGGAGGUAGGCAGGCCAGGGAACAUUGUUCCCAGUAGAGGGAACAACAAACAAAGGCCAGGAAGAAAGUCUGGCACGUCUGGAAGUUAAAGUAAAUGGCUGCUUUGUGUGGAGCAUUCCUGUUGAGUUCCUUUAAAGUGGAGUCAUGUCUGUAAGAGAAGCUCAUUUCCUUGCCCAGUCUACAAGCUAGGCUAGAACCUCCAUGGGGCUAGGGAUAGGGGGUGAGAAAGAGCCCAGGCUAGAGAUGAAGAGUCUGUUAGAGUUCUAAGUCUCCCUCUUACAGACAUAAGGACUCCUUUGGUUCUUAAGACAGUAUCAGGGCUGCUGUCAGAUUCCUCCUCACUCCCAAGGCUCUGAGUCAGAAGUUGCUAUGGCUGCCGUAUCAUUGUUUCUGGGGCUGUACCCCACAGUUCCUAGUAUAUUCCUUUGGGCUCAUGUGGUCAAAAAUAUUUGGUGCUGGGUUUGUGACUGUUAUUCUCCAGGCACCUUGCACAUGUUCAGUUUUGUCUUAUAUCAGCAGUGUUUCAGUCUUGUGAAUUUUGUUAAAGAUAAUGCUAAAUGGAAGUGACCACAGAAAGUAACAGUCAUGGCCCAUUCAGAGACUACCUUCUGAAGGACCCAGUGGGAAAAGUAUCCUUAGACUGGUGCUUCUGAGUGCAAGGUGGAAACGUGUGUAGGUUAGUCAGCAGCAGAAAAACUUAUUCAAAAUACCUAAUGGGUUGGAGUUAUAACAUACUUUACCAAAAAAAUAAAUUAUGGAAAUCUAGAAUCUUGUGCAUAGGAAAAGAAGAAUUUUCUUGAGGAUAAAAAGAAGUAAUGCUCCUGUUGGGCAUGUACUAACCAGUAAGAAUGGCAGAAGAGCUAAUGUCCAUGCUUGGAGAGAGUGUGAAAAAAGAAAGGGAUCAUUCAGAAAAGAUGGUAAAAUGUAACAAAAUAAGGUAGUAAGAGCUGUUCAACUGUUAUUUUCCUCUAUCCACAGAGAAAGACCCAAACAAAGUGAAAAGGGUAGGACAAACAUUAAGUAGUAAUUGACACAACAUAUUACAAAAGGGAUGCUUUCUAUAGAGUUCUUGCAUUUAUCGAUAAGAAAGUAACUAGUUGCUAAGGGCUUUGUAUAUAUGUGUUGGUUAUCUCACUACAGCCCAUUUUGCAGAUGAGGAAUUGAAGGCUUAGGGUCAUGGCUUACUCAAUGUCGUAUAGCUAAAAAGUGGUGAGGUCAGACUUUGAAGCCGGUAGGAAUCCAGAACCCUCUGGAGCCACUUCUCUAUACUGUCUCCCCAUGAAAAAGUCCCAAUAGGAAAAAUGGCACUUAAGUAGGCAAAUCACAAAAGAAGAAAUGCCAAUGGACAAUAAAUGUUCAGCCUUGCUAGAAUUAAAGAUGUGUAUUAGAGCAAGAGUUGAGAUGGCACUUUUUUUCCCUCAUAAAGUUAACAAAGAUUCAGGGAAAUUGGGACGCUAAUGCUGCUGGUGAGAUGUGAAUAGAUACUAUCUGGCAAUCAAUACCAGAAGCCUUAAGCAUUGCCUUUUGACUUUAAAAUUCUAUCUGGAACUGUAUGCUUCAGAAACCAUCAUGAAUGUAUACAAAGUCUUAAAAGCUGUUAAAAGUGAUGUUGAUUAAUAUUGAAAGAUGACAAAGCAUUCAUAAGUAAAAAUUUAAGAUGAUAUGUACAAUAUGAUUCCAUGUAAAAAAUAUAUUUAUGCAUUAAAAAUACUGGAAAUAUAUAAUUUCAAAGUGCUAUACUGCUUAUCUUGUGAUAAGAUUAGAGGUGAUUUAAUUUUUUCUAGGUUUACCAAAUUUUCCUACAAUAUUUAAAACUUCUAAAAUUAGAGAAAAAGUUAAAAAGGGAAUGGAAGCCCACGAUAGUCAGGAAAUAUUAAGAAAAGCACAUGCUGGGGCCAGCCUGGUGGCAUAGUGGUUAAGUUUGCGUGCUCUGCUUCAGCGGCCCAGGGUUUGCAGGUUCGGAUCCCAGGUGCGGACUGACGCACCACUCAUCAAGCCAUGCUGUGGGGGCAUCCUAUAUACAAAAUAGAGGAAGAUGGGCACAGAUGUUGGCUCAGAGCUAAUCUUCCUCCUCACCAAAAAGAGGAAGAUUGGCAAUGGAUGUUAGCUCAUGGCCAAAGCUUCCUCACACACACCAAAAAACAUGCUUUCCAUAGCAUCUCUGUCCCUUCCAAGUCCUAAGAGAUUAGCUAAUUUGUUAACUCUGACCCUCGAUUACCUCAUUGGUAAAUGACAAUGGCAGAUGUACCCUUCUCACACUAGUAUACAAAAAAGUCUUCUGCAAAUUAUAAAUCCUCUGUGCAAGUAUAAGUUAUUUGCAUGAAGUAGAUUCAUAGUUGAGCAAAGCCAUAGCGUUGUAGUGGAUACUUUUGUUCUUGUUAGUGCUUUUCCAUGAAUCCUGCAGCCAUAAGCAAGUCACCUCAUGACUCUGGACCCUCAGUUUAAAGAAGCUGAAGGAGAUGAUCUCUCACGGUUAAAGCUUCGACAUUCUAUGUGUUUAUGAAGUGGAGGGGCACUGAUAUAAGGUAGAUGUCAAAGGUAAUUGUUUUCUUCACAGCCUUGCUGGAGGAAAAGUAAUUCAGGCCUUUCCUUUCUGCUCAAGGCCCUUGUUUGUCUUGGUAUAGAAGCAGCAGUCCAGGGGGGAGCAAUGUCUGCCUUAACUGAUCUUGCACGGAUUCACGUAUUUAACAAUGGGUAAUUUAGGCAAGGUGCUUUAUAAAUGUCAGUUUCCUACCUCUCCCCUUUUCGUUCCUCAUUUCCAUAGGCUGCAGUUAACACUGUCCAGCUGAGAAGAUUGGAAAUUUAAAGCAAAUAUGAUCUUGGUCUCUCCAAGCUUCCCUGUGAACUCCUUUGCUUCUCUUGCCCCAUAAAGUGAAUCCUCAGAGCAAGGGAGAUUGCCAAUUAGAACAAUUUCCUGUGCAGGAGAAACCAACCUGGAGAGCAUUUCUGCAAAGUCAAGAGGAAGGGCGAGCCCCAAUGGCAGACUCCACUUAUAUCCACCCACUGCCUGCAUUCUGAUGGGCCGGAACAAGACAUUGCUACUCAGUAACUUUAUCAUUUGCAGCUGUCUUGUUGGCUGGCACAAAUGAUCACAGAUCUAAAGGGUCAUGAGUUUUUUCUGUGCCUGUGUUUCUACUGAGGACCUGCUGAGAGAGGAGAGGAAGGCCAUGGCAAUCUCCCAGGCUCUUGCUCGCAAAGGGGAGGAAGUCCUGAUACUGGUGGACAGAGGACGUGUGUUUUUAAACAGGCUGUUUGCUCUCAUUCCCAUGGUCUUUCAACCACAAUGCAGCCCCAGAUGUCCCCUCAAUUUUGUGACUUCACCUGGUGAACUGCAGCCCCAGGGACCAACUGUCAGUUUCCAGAUACUUUUUGCCCCCGAGAAUAAAAGCUAAGAACACCAGUUCCCUGACUUCCUCCCACAGGGCCUUCCCCCAUUCUCCCAGCACAUCUCCACUCAUGUUAUUGUGCUCCCUAUUCCUGAAUGAAUAAUAUCAAAGCAAAACUUUAAAACUCAAAUUUUAUUACAUCUUGCAUUACAUUCUAAUACUAAAUAGUUGAAGUAUAUACUCAAAGUAUAAAUGUUAAAAUCAGUUACUAAAAAUGAUUUAUCAAACAAGAUUUUUAUCAAAAAUAUUAGUGUUGGGGGAAAAAACACUAAUAGAAAGUACUCCAAAAUGUUAACAAUGUUUCUAUGGGUGGUAGGAUUGUAGGUAAUUUAUACUUUCUUAUUUUCUGUAUUAUCAACAUUUAUAAUUAAUUCACAAUCAGGGAAAAAACUAUUAAAUGAUAUUAAAAAUAUGAAAUCUUCUGAUUGUCACCUAUAGGAAAAGGCACCUAUCCAUUUGAAGGAUCUCUUGAGACUUCUAAUGGACCUCACACAAUGAUAAUCCCACAACCUUUGGACACAAAGAGUGUGCCCCCAGUUUCACCUCCCCAGUUACCCACAACAGCUGUGAUCACCAAGUCUUCAGAAGCAACACUACCUGGAAGGGAAAUCAGGACAUCUUAGAAGAG